UCUCUCAUUAAGAAAAGCUUAGCAGUGAAGCCAAUUUUAAAAAAUUAAACUUAUUUAUUAAAAUUCUUAAAUAUUAAUAGAAUUUUUAUAUAUUUACACGCGUUUGAAGGUUUAUAAGACGUAUUUUUAUAAUUUUAUACAGUUUUUAUUAUGAAAAAUCCGUUGUAGGACUGGAUGAAGUUGAAGAACGUAUAGAUAGAGUUAAGGUGGAAUAGGGUGUACUUAAGUCCUUCUACUGCAAAAAAUAUGUACUUUAUGAUGCUUUAAGUGUCAAAGGUUAAAGUUGACGUGUUGCUAAAGCUGCCCGCAAGAAAAUUAGAGCAUAAAAUGGGGGUAAUCGGCGCUAAAAUGGUGUAGAAAAGUCGAUUACGCUGGAGAAUCCAUUGCUCAUCUGCUAAUUAAGGAAGCAAUUAACGAUGUUUUCGUCUGGAAGAAAAUAACACUUUGCUAAGUAAUAAUUUCCUGUAGCAUCUACAAACAUGCGUAUACAAUUUUCUAGUGAUUACUGGAUUUAUUUACAAAUUAAUCGGAGAAUAACAUGCACCUCAUUUCAAAGAUUCCAUCGAUGUAACCGGGGCAGAGGUUUCCGUGUUAUUAAUAUGGAUUCUCCUAUGCUAAAAAUAAGAAAACAUGUGGAUAAAGAGGAACAAAAUGAAGCUAUAUGUGCAUUUUUUUUGAAGUGCAUGUGCACUUGGAGGGUAAGGAGAUUGGUAAAAUCAAUACGUGACACGAUUGUGUAUGGAUGUAUGAUUGCCUCCAGGUACUUGGAACAACAACACAAAAGAAUUUUCGUAUUAAAUUCCUGUUAAAUCUAUACAUAAAAAAAUAACAAAAUUAGAUUUUUGAGGUCUUUUUUCCUUAUUUUACACGAAAAAAAUGGAUUCUGGAGUGUUUUUUUUAUAUAUAUAGAAAAAUCCUCAGAAAUUCGAUUAAAGUGCAAAGAUGGAAUUUAUCACUUCAUCUUUGUAAUACAGUUAGAAAAAGCUGGUUGGAUGCUAGUCACAAUUGAUUUACGUCAUCGAAAAUAGGGAAAAAAUUGGAAAAAAAUAUGUUAAAUAAUUAAAUAAAAUUCAUUUAAAUAUACUGAAAAUGAUAGUUUCUUCGUUUGUUUGUGUGAAGAAGAGGACAUUCUUCGACACAUCGAUUCAUUAUAAAGGACGAUGUUUUGCUUCUGCAUGUAGGGAAAAAUAGGGAAAAAGUUUAAAAAAUCUCAUUUAAUUCCUUAUAUUCCAUUUCCUUAUAAUUCCUUAUAAACCAUUAAAAAAAUGAAGUAAAAUCUUUUAAAAUUCAGUAAAAAUUGCAUUAUUUUCGUCUCUUUAUAUAAUGAUGAUGUCGAUUUUCUGCUGUAUUAAUUCGUUUUAAUGGAUGAUAUUUUGCUUUUAUAGGUAGAAAAAUAGGGGAAAACAUAAAAAUCUUUAUCUUAUUCCCGAAGAAACAUUAAAGAAUCUGAUUAAAAUGCACAAAAUAUGGCAUUAUUAUCACUCCUUUAUACGAAGAGGGUAUCACUUUUCAGCCGAAUCAAUUCGUUUUAAUGGAUGAUAUUCUACUUCUAGAGAUAGGAAAAUAGAGAAAAAGAUUAAAAAAAUCUCCAUUUUAUUACCAAUAAGACGUUAAAUGCACGAAAAUUGGCAUCAUCCUCAUGCCUUCUACGAAGAAGGUAUCACUAUUCAUCCGCAUCAAUUCGUUAUAAUGGAUGAUAUUUUGCUUCCGGAAGAAGGAAAAAUAAUUCCGGAUGAAGAUAAAAUAAGAAAUAAGAAGAAAAAGCCUUUUGUUUCUAACGAAUAUCAAAGAUUAUUUAUCAAAAAUGUUUAUCUUAUGCUUUCAAUUCUUUCUCCUCUCUUGUAAGUACCCUACCCACUUCUAACAAUGGAAAGUACGUGAUCUAUAUAAAAUAAAUUUUAUAUAUUUUUUAUUAUCUUUCCUUCGUAACAACGUUUAAAAGUUCAUUCAAUGAAUCUUUCAUACACAAUUUUAAGUUGCAUUUAAUCCUUCAAUGGCUUUGGACGUAUCCUUUCUAUGUCAUUUUAUGGGGAUAAAUUUACAAAUGUAUUUGUUCUAAUGACUUUUUCUACGCUUUAAACAUUAAAUUUCCUUUAAAAAAUCAAAAUUUCUUUGUAAAAAAAGCUAGAACAACGAUCUUCACGCUCGGUUGGAUGAAAUUUUUCCACCGUUUCCUCGCAAAAAAUAGGGAAAUUCGACGAUUUAAAUGCUUUUAUUUUCUUUAAAAUCUCUGUUUUCGGCUCUAAAUUACGAUAUUUAAUCCAAAAAACGAGAAUCAGAAACUUUUCUAGCAUAGGAGCAUCAUCAUCAUCAUCAUCAUUCCUCAUCUUUCCUCCACGUUUUCCAUGCAAAAGAUAGGGAAAUUAGAUCAUUUAAAUACUUUAAAAUUCAUAUUUUUGAACCUAAAUUACCUUAUUUAAUCCAUAAAACGAGAAUCAGAAACCUUUUUUAGCACAGGAGCAUCUUCAUCAUUAUCAUUCCUCAUUCAAGACGAUUUCCUAGAAACAAGACGAUUCUUCAUCUUCUACGCGUACUUUCCUACCCCAAAUCUCCCUCAAAACUUGAAUUUCCUUUAUAGUAAGUUUAUAAGUAGUAUAACUCGCUACAUCACCGGUUAAGUAGGGAUUUUCGAGGUUAUUUCCCCACCUAAAAUGCAUCUUUAACGAUAAACUUCGUGCAGAAACCUUAAGAGAGUUAACGAUUAGGGAAAUUUAUACAAAAUUCGCUUUAAAAAAGAACAUUUUAACUAUUCACAACGCGUAGAAACACGGGGAAAUCGCUUCCGUCCAGAACACCGUAUCGAGUGACGUAGCUCGAGUCCACCCUCUCAAAUAUCGCGGGAAAAUGGGGCACGGCACCGUAAUCAUACGUCAUCACCCCACGUGACUCGGCGAACGAUCAAACCCCCAGCACAGUUAUCGCACUUAACGGGGUUUGACGGCCAAGGUUGGUCGCGAUCACGUGUUUAUACGCACAAAACCCGAUUGGGCGAAGCCAAUACUACGUUCUGUGACAGCAUACCGGCUGGUGUUCUGGUUAGGGAGUCGCGUUACUUCGUCGCGCGCGUGGUAAACAUCAUCCAUGAUGAUGUAUGUUGACGAGGAGGAUGAUAGCUCCCCCCGAUCUUCCGUAUCCUGGAUGAGUGAUGCCGUCAACGCCUUUAUGAAUAGGAGAUUCAUCAGAAGUUUCAGCGAACGUAUAUCUGGUAAUAAAUAUCGCGGUUGCCCAUUGGGUAGAGCCGAAAGGUGGUGGAAGAAAGUGCGAGAACAUAGGCUAACAGAACUCGAAGCUCUCGAGGCUUGUUCUUGGUUAAGAGCUGCAGGUUUCCCGCAAUAUGCUCAAAUGUACGAAGAUAAUCUCUUCCCGAUUGAUAUCAGCAGCGUGAAGAAGGAUCACGAGUUCUUGGAUACAGAUUCGAUACAGUCCUUGUUCAGGCGUUUGAAUACUUUAAACAAGUGCGCCAGGAUGAAGAUCGACAACGUCCCCAGAAAAUCCUUUCUGCCAGACGACAGUGACGAAGAUGAUUUCUGUGCCUUAAGCGAAAAUUGGCAGUUUCAACGCUCCAGUAGACGAUGGUCGAGGGUACCUCCUCCUCUUCUAAACUCGAAUAAUUUAUCCAAUUCGACUAAAAAUUGUGUACAAUCUCCGACAAGAAAGUUUCAAUCGUCGGAUGAUGUAUACAGCAGUAGUCACGAUAGCGUUUUCAUUGAAGAUCAGCAGAGCAGCCCAGACAGCUUGAGAAAAGCUUUGUCCAUUCAUUACGAAGAAGAUAUAUACGUUCCAUCGUCUCCCAUUCCCAUGGAAGAAGAUCUUAGACCUUCCGGUUCCGGUUCCGGUAGCUCUCCAAGCUUUGGCUCUGACGUAACUUUAGAGAAACAAUCCGAACUCUUAGAUAUCAGCAGAGGACUUAGAAGAACAGGAAGCGAACGUUUACGCGAAAGCGCUAAAGCCCUCUUACGCAGGAUGGAGAGUCUUAGAGGGAAGAGGAAGAAGAAAAACAGGCACGCAGUUAUCAUAGGCGGUACGCAAAAUAUGAAUGAAUCCGGUAUGGAUCACAAUCAUGCCAAUAUAUCGGCAUCUCCUCAAUUAAUUCACCAUACUUUCUUGAGAAACUAUCCAUCCGAUGAAGUUGGGCAAGGAGAUGAUUCAGACUGUAGUCAAUGCAGCACUCCGCAAUUUAAGCAUCGUAAAAGGGGGUGGAGAAUUUUAAAUAGAAGCGACGUAGACUCUGUAGUACACAGUGAUUCCGAAUGCCCAAAUUCCUCUGUAAAUUAUCAAUGGAAAGACGCAAACAGCAACGACACACACGAAAAUCAUCCACAGAUUCAGAAUGGUAGCUUGAAGCGUUCGGAUGAGAUUCAUAAAAGUUCGGGGAAUCAGAAACUUAAUAAACGAGAGCGUAAUUACUUAACACCUCAAAGUGCAGAAAAGGAGGAUCGUCUCAGUGUUUAUGAUAACGUUCCUGCUCCAUUAGCCAUGUUCGAUGAUGCUUUCGAUCAACAGGACGAUUCGGAAACUAUCGAGAAUGGAAGCGACGAAAGAAACGCAUUACGCAUAAGGACAGAAGAUGUAGAUUCUGGAAGUAUGGUAUCCAGUAUGGCUUGCAACAGUGAUAAAGACAUCACGGAUCAUCACGAUACCAAUGGAUACAGAGAGAGGAGAGAUUCUGGAGUUGGUUUAUCGUUAACCAGAAGCGGCAACAAUGGUCAAAGUUGGUGGCAUUGCUUUCCACAUCGACAAAGUUCUGUUGGCAUCAGGCAAUCAUUUUCUUCCGGCCUUCAAUUAAAUUCUUUAUCGGCUCCCCAGUUAAUGGUCCUAAGAAAGUUAUCACUCCUCAAGCUAACGACACUAAUGGAGAAAUAUUCCCCUUCGAGUAGAUCAGGUUGGAAUUGGGCAGUUCCUAAAUUCAUCCGAAAGAUGCGAACUCCAGAUUACAAAGACAAAGUAGUUUUUGGAGUACCCUUGUUGCUGGUGUUACAACGAAGCGGUCAGCCCCUUCCGUCGAUGAUAGAAACGGCCAUUCGCCAUCUUCAGAACACUUCACUGAAUUGCACGGGCCUUUUUAGGAAAUCGGGUGUCCGUUCCCGAAUUCAGAAAUUAAGAAACCUCAACGAAACUAAUCCGGAUAGUUCCAUUUACGAAAAUCAACAAGCCUAUGACAUUGCGGACAUGCUGAAACAAUACUUUCGUGAAUUACCAGAGGCCUUAUUAACGAAUAAAUUAUCAGAAAUAUUCUUGACCAUCUUCCAACAUAUACCAGAAGAAUUAAGAAAAGAAGCAACUCAAGCGGCUAUAUUACUAAUGCCAGAUGAAAAUCGUGAAGUGUUGCAAUCUUUAUUAUCUUUUCUUCAAGACGUGAGCUUUCAUUCAGAAGAAAAUCAGAUGACAGCAACGAAUCUUGCUGUUUGUUUUGCUCCUUCUCUGUUUCACUUGAACACUCCCCGAAGUGCUAGUGCUAGUCCAAGAAGAAGCAAAACAGUUGGUGUACCGGAUCAAAGAGAAUUAAAUGAAAAUAGGGCAGCUCACGAAUGCCUCACUCACAUGAUUAAGGAAUAUAAGAAUCUUUUCACGAUAUCAGAAGAUAUGCUGGGUCAUUGUCGUUCUUUGUACUUAGAAGAAUGGGAACCUGCCACUUUAGAAGAUUUAGGAAAAACUUCAUUCAUGAAUGAUGGAAAUUGGAAAGCCUAUGUUGAUAAUUGCAUUCAGGGUCUUCUUAAGGAAGCAAGAGAUAAAUUUAAAGGUUGGAUACCGAUACCUCAGAGUGAUGUUGAGAUUGCCUAUAAGAAACUGACAGACAGACAUCCAUUGAGAUUAUGGAAAGUAUCAGUAGAAGUAGAAGCACCACCCAUAGAACUCCUAAAUAGAAUAUUAAGAGAAAGACAUAUCUGGGAUGAUUCCUUGUUAAAGUGGCGUGUAGUCUGUCGCCUAGAUAAGCAGUCAGAAAUAUUCCAAUAUGUUUGUGCUUCACUCACACCUCACCCACCUAGAGACUAUUGUGUCCUUAGAUCCUGGCAAACAGAUUUACCUAAAGGAACGUGUGUGCUGAUAGAGACAUCAGUAGAACAUUCCGACGCUCCAAUGAUGCUUGGAGGAGUAAGAGGUGUAGCUCUAGCUUCGCACUACCUAAUUGAACCAUGUGGGUCAGGAAAAUCCAGAAUCACAUACAUAAGUAGGAUAGAUACCAGAGGGAGAACUCCAGAAUGGUAUAACAAAGCUUAUGGCCAGCUCUGUGCAUUAAAAAUCAUCCGUUUAAAAAACUCAUUUGCCCAUGGAACGGAGGGACCCGAGACCAAAGUUUGAAUUUGAAUGAAACACGUGUGCCAAUCAAAACUAGUCUAGGACAAUAUUCAGCAGGCUGAAUGGUGAUAAAGUCAUUCUUCUAGUCACAACAAAAGCGUGCCAUAAAACUCAUCAAAAGUGUUAAUAAUUUAAAUAAUUAUUAUUAAACUGUUACACAAAUUCAAGAAACAGUUAACUUAACGGAGGGUGCUUUUGCCUUACACUUCAUUUUUUUCUUUUUUUUAUUAUUUUAAUCAUUUAUACAUCAUACACAACUCUGAAAUGCUCCUCAUAACAGUAAUUAUCUUGUAAACAAAUUCAAGAUAAUUAUUGUUUUGAAUUUUCUCCAGGACACAAAGAAAUAUGUACUUUUGUGUAUUCUCUGGCAAACAAUUUACUUUAACAAAGAAACAAAAGGACCAUUUUCUCAUUCCUUUGAAACAAAUUAACUUAAACCAUCCUUCAGAUCAUUCUCAUAAGUGCCAGAUCAAAUUAGAGGGCCACUUUAUCGAAUUUUAACUCUGUGGCGUACAGAAUUUGUGAAAACGGGGUCUUCGACAGGGUCAAAUUUUCCAGUACCUGCCAGUAAACAGUGGGAACAACAAGUACCUGCAAGUCACAUAUAUACAUGCCAGUUACAAAAUGCUGUUCCAGUUUAAAUGUUUGAUAAUAAU